AGCAUCUGCGCCAAUUUCAUAGAAGACCAUCGAAACUCGAGUCUCGCCAUCAUCAUCGUCAUCAUUCCAACCAUCAGGGCAGGCUCCGCUCAUCAGACCAUAAAAAGUCAUCCGAAAGCAAAGUCUAGGAUUACUCGCUGCGUUGCACGGAGAAUUGGCGGCGUUGUUCCGUGACGUAGACCAAGCACACGUUCUCGAGCUUUCUAACAUUUCCCAUGUGACGUUGACGGUCCAAGGUCAAUCUCAAUCGAAUCCACGCGUUCUUCACAGAACAUGACAGAGCCCCAUACUCCACUUCGACUGCCCGCUCCAUCAGACAAAUCGGAGGCCACACAAGUCGGCAUCGGCUCAGCGGUGAAGCUUGAUAACUUGGGGCCGAUGGUAGUAAAUAGCGAUGGCACGCUUUCUCGUGUUGCCAACUGGGCCAAUAUGACGGAGAAAGAGAAGGAGACAACUCUUAGGGUCUUGUCAGCCAGAAAUAGGUGA